CCCACGUCUUGACGAGUUAUCUGAACCCCCCCUCAUCCUGGUCGAGGCUGCGAUAGGAACUGUCACUGGGCACUGUCACUGAGCAGGCCAAUAGUCUGCAGAAUCCACAUGGUGCCACGCGAAGAUCCCGGUGACACUGACUGUAACGAUCGGCAACAGAAAGGAAAAGUGUAUUUUACGACGUAGCACCCGUUGUAUUGCGCGCGUGGUGUGCCGCGUCACGAGACCGACUCCAUCGUCGCUGUCGGCACACCACCUGUCUGGGCGGCCAUUGACAGUUUCGGAGGACGGCUUUGAGUGGCCGGUGAAGGAGUGUCCAAUCCCUGGUCGGUUCUUGUUGACGUCCAAUGGCGGGCUUUCCGAGUCUUUACCUGAACGAUCCACUGCGCUCUCGGUGGGACCAGAGCCACUUUUCAGCUUGCUGUGUAUGUACCUAAGAUUGUAGCAUGCAGGAACAGACAUGCAGGCUGCAGUUCGCAGUAUCAUCGACAGUACAUACACGACACAAUUCUCCGGAUCGACUGAUGGUUAGCGCUCCAACCAUCGAUCCCCGGUGCGGAGGACCAACCUGUCAUGUCGUGGUGGGAAGCGGGCAACGCAGUCAGCAUCGCCGCUGUUCCUGCAACACCCGGCGUUUUCAAGCCCCUUUUGCCGCGUUAGCGCUGCGCCUUGUGGGCAGUGGAGAAGCCCAACAAACGCGUGCCGACGCGCAAGAAUGCAAUUUUCGUUUCGGUCUGGCUAUGGACAUCUUUUUGUGUCUUGAUUCAAGCCUGUGUGGCCAUGGGGUCUGCUAUAUAAUAUGUAUGUAUGUAUGUCGUGACGUGGUGGUGAUGAUGAUGAUGAUGAUGAUGAUGAUGGUGGCCAGGAAAGAGCACGCCCGGACUCGCCAGCUUUGGUCAUGGACGGCACGCACGUGCCUCAUCACACUCGUCACUUUCCCCCCACCAUCAUCGCUCUCUUCACUUCGCCUGCAAUGCGGCCACGCGUCUUACAUCUCCCCAGCAUCCUCAACAUCUAAAGCUUUCCAAGUUGCCCAAUAUACAUAUGUUUCAACGUUGGCCACGAUCAAUAAGUUUCAGGUUUGCCUGCGAAUACCCAGGAAGCUGCCUCCAUCAGCAGCCGGAUCGACAAUCUCGCGGGGACUGCCCUGGCCAGACUCUUGUUUGACAGAACCACCCAUGGAUCACCCUGUCUUUCUCCCUCUCAGUAACAACAGUGACAUGAACGUGGGGUAAUAAUAAGAUUCCGGUACAAUAUCUAGACAGGCCGAUGGACGAACCAAGUCUCAGUGCUCUGUUACUUAGUUGUAGCAGCUCGUUCAACUGACCAAGACACUAUCCAUAAGACCUACCCAACACUUGAUCACCAUCACCGAGAAAUGUCACCAAGGUACUAACAGUUUGGUUCAAUACCACCCCAGUUCAACUGACCCGCCAACCUGUCUUUCAGCCUCGGUGCCAAAAGCGCUAGACGACUCUCAUGUCCUUGCCAGUUGC